CUGAGGGGUAGUCAGGUGGCUCACAUGGCAGCUCGGCAGCCCCAAAGAUGAAUAUCCCAAGAGACUUAGGCAGACUUAUUAUGACCUAAUCUUGAAAGUCAUGUAACUUCCCUUAUGCUGUAGCACAGAUGCCCAAAUGCAAGCAGAGGAGGCUUAGAGCAUCCCAUCUUUUGAUGAGAGUAAUGCCAAAGUCACAUUGUAAGGACAUGCAGGAUUGGAAAUAGUGUCAUGCCUUCCUUCUGAAAAUCCAACCUACUGCACUGAUGGUUUCCUUUCAGUGCAGGGAAGGGCCAUGUGGUAGAAUUCUCUGAGAUGAAAAGGACCACCUGUGGAAGAGUGAUCUGUUUGCAUCGUUGGUCUCUUUGACAGGCCACAUCUAAGAGGUGUCUCGAACGCCCUGUUGCUGGUGACUGGAGCACAAUGGAUCACACAGGGGCGCUAGACGCAGAGGACGAACUGGGGCCUCUAGCCCAUCUUGCUCCAAGUCCUCAAAGUGAAGCCGUUGCCCACGAACUGCAGGAGCUCUCCCUGCAGUCCAGUCAGCACCUGCCUCCUCUGAACGAAAGGAAGAAUGUGCUCCAGCUGAGGCUGCAGCAGAGGAGGACGAGAGAACAACUAGUGGACCAGGGCAUCAUGCCACCUCUGAAGAGCCCAGCGGCAUUCCAUGAGCAGAUAAAAAGCUUGGAACGAGCCAGAACUGAAAACUUUUUGAAGCACAAGAUUCGGAGCCGACCAGAUCGUUCUGAACUUGUCAGGAUGCACAUUUUAGAAGAAACAUUUGCAGAGCCAUCCCUGCAGGCCACUCAGAUGAAGUUGAAAAGAGCUCGACUAGCUGAUGAUCUGAAUGAAAAGAUUGCUCAGCGACCUGGUCCUAUGGAGCUGGUAGAGAAAAACAUCCUUCCCGUGGACUCCAGUGUGAAGGAAGCAAUUAUAGGCGUUGGGAAGGAGGACUAUCCCCAAACUCAGGGCGAUUUCUCAUUUGACGAGGACAGCAGUGAUGCUUUGUCUCCAGACCAGCCAGCCAGCCAGGAGUCUCAGGGCUCAGCCGCAUCCCCAAGUGAGCCAAAAGUUAGUGAAUCGCCAUCGCCUGUGACUGCAAACACUCCAGCCCAGUUUACUUCCGUGUCCCCAGCAGUUCCUGAAUUCUUGAAAAGUCCUACUACGGAUCAGCCCCCCACGCGGUCCACGGCGCCCGUCCUCCCCAACACCGUGUCCUCAGCAAAGCCCGGGCCAGCGCUGGUGAAGCAAAGCCAUCCCAAGAAUCCAAACGACAAACACCGUAGCAAAAAGUGCAAAGAUCCCAAGCCCCGGGUAAAGAAGCUCAAGUACCACCAGUACAUUCCACCAGAUCAGAAAGGGGAGAAGAACGAGCCGCAGAUGGACUCCAACUACGCCCGGCUACUCCAGCAGCAGCAGCUGUUCCUGCAGCUCCAGAUCCUGAGCCAGCAGCAGCAGCACUACAACUACCAGACCAUCCUGCCUGCACCACUCAAGCCACUCAAUGACAAGAAUAACAACAGUGGGAAUCCAGCUUUGAACAAUACCACCCCUAACACACCAAGACAGAAUACAUCUGCUCCUGUGAGAAAGCCAGGGCCUCUGCCUUCUAGCUUGGAUGACUUAAAGGUGUCGGAACUGAAGACAGAGCUGAAGUUAAGGGGUCUUCCCGUGUCAGGCACCAAACCGGACCUCAUCGAGCGCCUGAAACCGUACCAGGAGCUGAGUGGCGGUGGCGCUGCUGCAGGUGGCAUCGUGGCCGUGUCGACCUCGGCCAUCGUCACCAGUAACCCAGAAGUCACCGUGGCACUACCCGUUACAACACUGCAGAACUCUGUGACCAGCUCAGGCUCCACGUUCAAGGCAGACGGGCCCCCCACGGGGACGAGCAGCGCGGCGCACCUCGAGACCGGGAGCUCCCCGCUGCCCGUCUCGCCCUCUGCCUCCGAACAGUCAAGCCUCAGCGCCGAGGACACCAGCAUGGCCGACACGUUCACCGAGAUCAUGACCAUGAUGUCGCCGUCCCAGUUCCUGUGCUCAUCCCCCCUGAGAGCGGCCAGCACCGAGGACAGCCUCAGCCCCACCAGCAGCUCGCUGUCCAACCUGGAGCUGGAUGCGGCCGAGAAGGACCGCAAGCUGCAGGAGAAGGAGAAGCAGAUCGAAGAGCUAAAGCGUAAACUGGAGCAAGAGCAGAAGCUCGUGGAAGUUCUGAAAAUGCAACUGGAGGUGGAGAAACGAGGGCAGCAGCAGCAGCAGCGGCCUCUGGAGCCCCUGCCCAGCGCCCCGGCCCUUCCUGCCGCCAAGGCCGAGCAGACCCGUAGCGCCGCCGCUGCUGCCGCUCCCUCCGUCAAGGACAAGGCCCCGCUCCCCGACGGCCCUGGACCCGUCCCCGCCCCCGCCUCCGCGGGAGGCCAGAGCCUGGUUGCCAAAAAGGCGGUAGUGAUCAAGCAGGAGGUCCCCGCGGCCCCCGCAGAGCCGCACAGCCUGGUCCCGCAGUUUUAUGUGAGUUCCCAGGGCCCGCCGCCUGCCGGGGCCGCUGGGCCGCAGGCUUUACUGACCACGCAGACCGCGCAGCUGCUGCUCCCCGUGUCCAUCCAGGGCUCCAGUGUCACUUCAGUGCAGCUCCCAGUAGGCAGCCUCAGACUCCAGACGCCGCCACAGACCGGAAUCCAGACUCAGCCUCAGAUAGCAGCUGCCACCUUGCCCGCCGGCUUGGCCCAGACUGUACCUCAGAAACAAGACGCUUUCACGCCGCACAUGCUCGGUCAGCCUCAGCAAGUCCGAAAGGUGUUCACAAACUCAGCCUCCAAUUCGGUUCUUCCGUAUCAGACACCACCGGCCCCCGCGGCCCAGCAGCCCUUUCUUAGCAAGGCGAGCAACGGCGUCCUGCCGUCCAGAAGCACCGCCCUUCCGCCGCCGCUGCAGAACGGCCCCAACCCUCCCAGCAAGCCCGCCUCGCCCCCUCCGCCCCAGCAGUUUGUGGUCCCGCACUCUCUGUUCGGGAGCCCGGUCCCCAAGGCGAAGGACCCGCCCCGCUACGAGGAAGCCAUCAAGCAGACGCGCAGCGCCCAGUCGUCCCUCCCCGAGGUUGCCAGCGCUCACAGCCAGCAGAUGGACGACCUCUUUGACAUCCUCAUUAAAAGUGGAGAGAUUUCCCUCCCUAUAAAAGAAGAACCUUCUCCUAUUUCCAAAAUGCGACCAGUGACAGCCAGCAUCACCACCAUGCCCGUCAGCACAGUGGUGUCCCGGCCGCCCCCCCAGGUCCAGAUGGCACCACCCAUAGCCUUAGAACCUAUGGGCAGUUUAUCUGCCAGCCUGGAGAACCAACUAGAAGCUUUCUUGGAUGGAACUUUACCCUCAGCUAAUGAAAUCGCUCCGCUGCAGAGCAGCAGCGAGGACAGAGAGCCCUUCUCGCUGAUCGAGGAUCUCCAGAACGACCUGCUGAGCCACGCGGCCGUGCUGGACCCCUCGCACUCGCCCAUGGAGACGGCCGAGGCCCAGUUUGCCGCCAGCGCUCCCUGUCUGUCGCUGGACCUUUCGGACUCGAACCUGGACAACAUGGAGUGGCUGGACAUCACCAUGCCCGGCACGUCGGCAGCACUCACACCGCUCAGCGCCGCCGCUCCCAGCAUGUUCUCUGCCGACUUCCUGGACCCGCAGGACCUACCGCUGCCGUGGGACUAAGGUCGCCGAGGUCUCGUCUCGGGAGUUCCUGACGCUGAAGCAGGGGAAGGUGAUUCAAAAAGGUCCGUUUUCAGAGACAGAUCCGCGGUUGCAUCCCUGCAGUUAUAAUAUGUUGUCACAGAAAGAACGGCUGGACGGUCGGGGUCCGGAAAGCACGUGUGCAGGCGUUUCAUUGCGUCCUGCAGUGCGUGUCUGCAGUUGCAUAGAGCACAGGGCCUGCUGUGAAGUCACACGAGGGCUCCUCUGUUGCUCCAGACUUGAGUAAAGAACGAGAGGUACCUUUAGAUAAACCAUGAAGAAGAGUGCCGUGCGCAGGGCGGUGGCCCAGGGGCUCUCUGGUGACGCACGACACUGGAGCCUCCCGGGGACCGUGCGCCCCAAGACGGGGCGGGCAGCUCCACCUGGUAGAAGAGGGAGGGGAGCGGUCCCUGCCCACGGCAUGGCCCGGAAAUGGCCGGAGCCCAGCCCAAGCCCCCGCGGGGUUAGAGGCGGGGGCAGCACCUGCCAGGCCAGUGACAGCGUCCUGCUGAAGACUUGUGGUUCCAUUCAGACACCAGUGUAAUUUUUUCCGUGUUGUAGUUUAUUCUGUGAUUUCUGGAAUCUUCUUUUAGAUUUCCAAAUUUAAAUUUCAGUGGAAGACCUUCCACCGCAACCAGACAGUGUCUACAAACUACUGUCGUAAACAAUCCACUGUAAAAAGUCCAGGUGUAUUGGUAACACUGAAACGCCUAAGAGCACAACCCCCUGGGUUGCUUAGGUUGAACUGUGUAUAUUAGACAGUCGUGUGCACCCCUGACCUUGCGGUUUGUACAGCCUGUGUUGGCCUAAGGGACUGGGCACCAGUGGUCCUACUUCUUUUAAUAACUCGAAUAUUUCUAGAGUACUUGAGCCACACGCGUUUCCGUAUUUAAGGAAUUGCCGACUGACGUUCAGGUAACCAGAGCCAUCUCAAAGAACCAAGAGGAGGCUUUCGCAUCACCUGCCCUCCUGAGCUGGUGAGCGGCACAGAGGGGGCAGCGGGAAGGUCUGUCGUCGCGCCCCGACACGCCCAGGGCGCUCAAGGGCAGCUGGGGCUGCCAGGCCGGCCAGCAGAGCCCCGCGCUGGCUGGCCUCGGCGUCGUCUCUCAGCCCUGGUUGCCGUUCGACAGGCUCGUAACUGGAUGUCACACCUGCGCUCUCACUCUGUAAUCAAGCUGACGAUUGAAAAACUGGAGGUUUUAUUAGUAGUUUUUUAUAUAGAAAAAUGUUAUAUUUGUUGAGUAGUUUCAGAAUUUUCUAAAAUGCCAACUACCGCAGGAUUUCCAAGACUAUUUCGGGCUAGUCUUUUAAGUGUAUGACAAAGUGUAAAUAAUGGAGGGGGAGGAAAAAAAAGAAAAAAAAAACCCACCCUGAAAUGCAUCCCCGCGCGUGGAGCUGUUUCUCCGGGCCCACGCGCGUGCCCUCCCGGCCCCGGGUGCAGACGCUGCCGGCAGCUUCCUUCUCUGGUCAGGAAGGGCUGACGUGCCAGCAGGCAAAGCAGAAGGCGGCCUGAGCCCGCACCUGCGAGGAGCCGCAGUCCCCUCUGGGUUCGCGUUUUGCCUGAGAACCCAUCUUCCUUCACGUUUUCUUUCCGUUUGUCAACUUCACCCCACGUGGGCAAAGGCCCUCCUCCCCGCGUUCAGUUGCCCAGAGCACUGGCGCUGGUGGACCGGCCGGUGCUGCUGGAGGGUUGAAGGCCCAGCCGGGCCUGCAGUGUGGGCUGGCGCAGGUACACGGCAUCGUGUAGCGACGGCCCGUCCAGCCCCUGGGAGCCAGUCCUGUGAACCAGGGCGACCAUUCCUUUCCAAGGGCCUGGCUCCCGGGCCAGGGCUGUUUCCUGGGGAAGGGCGGUCUGGGCCCUGGCGUUUCCUCUGCGGCUUCUCUGGUCCAUAUUUAGACUCUGAGCACCAGCUUCCUUGCGACUGAAGUUGAAGGCUUAUUAAACGAGCACUAAACAUUGCGGGACAGGAGGGGGCAGCUGAGCGGCUGGCGGGGGUCCUUUGGUGAACAGCGCCAUUCCAUCAUCCCGGCUGUGGGCACAAACCACGGUCCAGCCUCGGCUCCCUCUGCUGCUUCUGAGAGCGACGGUAGAAACAGGCCGCGGGGGGCUGCAGCACAGGGAGCGCCCGCUCCUACGCCCUCGUUCUCUCUUUGGAUGACGAGUUGCUCAGGUGCCCACUGCACAUAGGGGUUCAAACCUUCCCGCAGCAGCAUUUCCUUGAAAAGGCCACUCGUAGCUUCCGCCGGCCCUCCUGAACCCUGCGCAGCGCGCUGGGCACCUGUGACAUCAGUGCCGCCCUCUAGGGUCUCAGCGGCUGUUCCUGCUUCGGGUGAGGCCAGGGACCGUAUGCAGCAUGGUACGUGACCAGAGGGGAGCAGCGUCUGUGAUCACACCCCCUCCACCCCAACUCAGUGUGCACGACAGUAAGUGCGGCGGGAAAGGUGAGCAUGCGCUAAAAAGGACUGGCUUUUGUCUGAGCUCCACAGCCCUUCCACACAGGUCAGGACUGAGGCGGGCGUCCCAGUGGGCAGGCGUGUGUUUAGAAGUGGUCCCGUUGUGUAUAGUCUUGAAGGAUAUCACACCGCCAAGAAAACCGCUAACUCCUAAAUGAUGAUCUCACGUCCAGUCUUAUUUCCUAAAUAUUCCUGAAACACAGUAGCAUCGAGCCUACCUUUGUAGUGUGUAGGGGCAUCAGGUCCUGUCGUCAGGGAUGGGAGGAGAGGGUCACACCGCAGCUUCUGCAGCGUCUUGGGAGUCCGGGGCUGUGUGGUUGUCUUGUACAUUUCAGCAAAGCAGAUACUAGGAAACCCUUAGGACAGGGUGAUGGUUCAGUUCUAGUGUGUUUCCUGAAAUGUGCAAUCUACUGUAUAGCAUUUGCCACGUGUGCGUACAGAGAUGUAGUCUGAGUUCACGGAACUUCUGGCUCAGAUACGACUUGUAUUUUCUAUGAAUAUUUUUAUAGCACUAAAGAGCUAUUCAGAUUUCCUUUUCACAAACUGCACGCUUCUGGGUUCCAUUGAGUGCAGUUUCAGAACCGAGGCAACGGCAGCCUGGUGUCGCCCCCAAGCGGCCACCUGCAGAGGCGCCAUCAUGAGCCGUGAUGAGGGAUCAGGAACGUGUUACCCAUUGUGUCACCAAAGCUGAUCAGUUCCCCCACCCACCCCCGGAUCAUUCCAGGCCACGCAACUUUCAGGAUUCCCAGGCUGAAACCAGCCACCACAGCUGACACAACAGCUGUCCCCACAAGCGCGGCAACAGUCCCUUUACUGCCCACAGACUGCUCCCACCCUCACACGCUCCUGCCCCGAGACAAUGGCUGUCAGCGGCCACCCGCAUUGCCACCCAGGCCCGGGGGCCAGGCUCACAGGUAACCCUCCGCGUGUUACUGUCCAUCACUGCUAACAUCCAUCCUGAUCCUGGCACCAGAGCAGGAGACCCAAGUGUCCCCUGCCCGGAGGCCACAAUAUCAGACCACACUAUCAAAGAACACUAACUGGAAGGCCAGGGCUGUCAUGGAACUCAGCUCACAAGUGCAAGGAGGUGUGUCUGGAGAGCAUCCUGACUGCGUUGCGGCUCAUCCUUUAAGUGGUUUCAGUCAAAACUGGAAAAUAGCAAUUAAGAUGCAGUCGUUCUUGUUCCUGGUUCAGGCCUCCCCCUUUCUUGCAGUAUUUGAGGAACUGCAUCGUUGCAAAGGGUUUCCACCGGAAACCUCUGAGGCCUGUCAUUAAAAAGCUGCACAUGUUUACAAACGAGCUCUUCCCCUCCACGAGAACACGUUGCUCUGGGACUCCCAUGGGAAAAUGUCAUGACUCUGUGACAAGAGGAUGGCAGUCUCAGAUCUGCAAGGUGCUGUCUGGACUCAGCAUGUUAGUGGCGAUCGUGUUUCGCAGAGCUUUGUGCCAACCACCAAGACGAAGCUUUCACCAAGUUCCCGGAAUCACCGAGACGGGAAAGGUUACCUCUCCACACUGCGCCGUGAGGAAAUUUGCUCAUUGGGAAGGAGGAGGAAGCACUUAGGAAAGGGUUUAGUUGCUACCAAAAAAUACUUAACCUCGAGUAAUAGUAAUACAAACUUGCUUUAAAGGAACCAAAGGCAUUGCCAAGUAUUUGCCAAAAGCAGGCACUUUUUAUGUAAAAUUUGAGACGAAUGAGAUCUCAAAAAUCAGUCCCAAAAAGGUAUUAUCCACUUAAGGUUAUAAUUUUCACAGAGAUGUAGAUAUUUCUCUCUUGUUUUCAUGUAAAAUAGUAUAGAUUUGUUUUGUUGGGUUAAGAAUAGUACACAGUUAGCAGAAAUAAAGUUUUUUUUUUCUUUUCUACGUACAAAUUAGUUUUCUUGCUUGCAACAGAACUGCAACGUGAUAGGUGUUUCUCUUCUUAUUUUCAUUGUCACAUUAUGUCUUAGCAUCUCACUCUAUGAAAAAAAGGAGAAAGAUACCAAUCCACAGAGCCCUGCUUCUUAAAGCACUAGUUUAAUAACAAAAAAUUAUGGCAGUCGGGGGUCCAUUCAUGUAUUGCCUUUAUGUUGUUUUUUAAAAGAAAAACCAUGAUGCCUUUGUAUUUGCUGUUUGCACCCCUGAAAUCAAUUCCAUAUCAUGUUUGAAUGCCAUACAUUUUGCACAUGUACUGUACAUAAGUAACGCAUACUGUAUUUUUAUAUGUGUGCACAUUUAUCAUCGGAUCUUUUGUACAUAGUGGCUGUAUUGUAGCUGAUCGGGAAAUGUUUGAUAUCUCAGCAAUUUUGCAUUUUUGUGUCUCAAAUAAAAAACAUUUUGAUGUACUACAA